AUGGUGACCUCAUCUGGGGUGUUUCUACCUGAAUCUAUGGUGACCUCAUCUGGGGUGUUUCUACCUGAAUCUAUGGUGACCUCAUCUGGGGUGGUUCUACCUGAAUCUAUAGUGACCUGGGGUGGUUCUACCUGAAUUUAUAGUGACAUGGGGUGGUUCUACCUGAAUCUAUAGUGACAUGGGGUGGUUCUACCUGAAUCUAUAGUGACAUCACCUGGGGUGGUUCUACCUGAAUCUAUAGUGACAUCACCUGGGGUGGUUCUACCUGAAUAUAUAGUGACUUGGGGUGGUUCUACCUGA